AUGAAUUCCAAAUACCCACUGAUUCGAAUACUGCCAGUAGCACUUAUAGCCCUGACAACCUUUUUGUCAGUUCUAUCCUAUUCCGCCAAUGCCUUCUCCUUCCCAAAUGCUCAAGCUGGAAGAGUCAAUGUUGAUGAAAUGGCAGAGCGAGACGUCUUUACAAUGGAAGAGUGGGCCUACAGCUGUGGCGUUCAAGUUGUGGAUGGCUUUGAAUUGACCAGCGAAGAUGGUUACGAUUACUCAGUAAGAACGAACAGUGAUGUCCCGGCUGGGAGUCCAGUGGUGGCCGUUCCAAGUCAAAUGAUUUUGUCCUCCCUGCAAGCUUGGCAAGAUUUGGGGGAUAAUGCUCUGCUACAAGCGGAACAGCAAUUGAUCGAAGCCAAAUUGGAUCACACAUUGCCCCUCUUUCGACUGUUUGUCAAGAUAUUGAUUGAAUAUGAAAAGGGCCCAGAGUCUCCAUGGUUCCCCUGGCUCAAUUCCUUGCCCCGUUUCUACAAUACGGGUGCCUCCAUGACCUACGCCUGCUUUGAUUGUUUGCCACCCUAUGCCGCUGGAUUGGCCAUGCAAGAGCGUGUCCAAUCCGUCAAUUUUCAAAAGGCGGCCACAUUCCUACCAAUGAUGUCCGAAGACACCACCACGGAUCGAGAUUUGCUGAAAUGGGCCUACAAUGUCGCCGUCACUCGAUCUGUCGAAUGGAAUGGCGAACGGUUGAUUGCUCCCAUGGCGGACAUGUUCAAUCACGGGACCAAUCCGGAAGCCUACGUGACUUAUGAUAAGGAUAUGAAUUGCAUGGUGUAUGCCGCCAAGGAUACUCUGGCUGGAUCCCCGUUGCGCAUUUCCUUGGGGGAUCCCACCAACCCCAGUCCCUUGUUUGCGACCUAUGGAUUCUUGGAUGAAACCUGCCCGGCCAGUUUUUGCAAACUCAUGCACAUGCAGGAUGAAAUGAAGGAAUUGGGAUACGACUUCUCCAACCUUUUGUUCUACAAGGAUACGGGUGAAAUUUCCAUGGAGACCUAUGAUGUCGUCCUGUACAGCAUCUUGCUAAAGAAUGAUCCUAGUUUGGCCCAAGAAUUUUAUCAAGCCGUUACUACCGGUGACGAAGCGACCAAGAAUCAAUUUCACGAACAAUACUUUUCGUACACCAAAGAAGAAUUGCAAAAGCACGUGGACGAUACAUUACGAAAGUUGGAAGGCUGGUCCUCCAAGGCUCAGUCCUAUGAUCCAACGACACAUCCACGAGUACCUGUCAUUCUGGGACACAAUGCCUUUGUGAAGCAAACAUUUAUGAAAGUCAAGCAAAAUCUGGAUAACAUGUAA